AUGCCUCAGCGCUGUUCUGUGCCGUUUUGUUGUAAUUAUGGUGGACACCAGUUUCCAAAAAAUAAACAACGUCGGUUGCAGUGGAGAAUUGCCAUAAAACGGCUUGACCCGCGAACUAAAAAACUCUGGGAGCCUAAUGACAGAGACGUUGUCUGCGACCUGCAUUUUGUUGCAAGCGAUUACAAGGACACGUCAGCUGAUCACCUCCAUCUAAAAGAUGAUGCAGUGCCAUCUAUUCUUAUUCCUGAUCAUGACCCUCCAACUCCAAGCUCAAGGCAACAAAGAAUGUCUCGGAGGAAGCAAGAACUUGAUGAGCCAGUCCUUCAAGCUAUCGGUGUACAGCAGGAAGUUGUCAUAGAGCAGAGAGAAAACGAGGAAGCACCAUCACCACAAGCAACGCCAGAGGAAGCUUCUUUAGUUAAGAAUCCUUUUUCAAAAAAAUGCUCCAUUGAGAAUUUUAAGGACAAUCCAGAUGCAAUUUCAUACUAUACAGGUUUCAGUGAUUAUGACCAGUUCAUGACACUGUUUUAUUGUCUUGGUCCAUGUGUAGAUGAGCUCGAUUACAAAUGUUCUGUACUUGAACCUAAGGACCAGCUUUUUCUUACUUUAAUGAAGUUAAGGCAGGCCAAAGAAGACUUUGAAUUGUCUCUGUUUUUUCAAGUUUCCACUUCCACUGUUUUAAGAAUUGUCAUUACUUGGAUAAAUUUUUUGUAUUUUCAAUUGAAAGAACUAAAUUUCUGGCCUUCUGAAGAUAUUGUUCAAGAUUUUAUGCCCACCAAUUUUGAUGAAAAAUUUCCCAGUACGAGAGUAAUAUUAGAUGCUACAGAAAUCCCCAUACAAAAACCAUCUGAUGUAAAUUCUCAGUCUAUUACCUGGUCUAAUUACAAACACAGAAACACAAUCAAAGCAAUGAUUGGUGUUACACCAAGGGGUGCAGUAUCUUAUGUUUCAGAUGCGUAUGGAGGAUCUGCAAGUGAUAGAAUGAUCAUUGAAAGAUCUGAGUUGUUAAACAAGGGUAUGUUUAAAAAAGGUGACAGCAUUAUGGCUGAUAGGGGGAUUAUGGUUCAAGAUCUUUUUGCAAAUAAUGACGUUCAAGUAAACACCCCAACGUUUCUAAAAGGAAAGUCUCAGCUUGAUGCCCACGAGGUCGUUCAUGAUCGGCGUGUGGCAUCCAAGCGCAUACAUGUAGAGAGGGUGAUAGGUCUUGCCAAAAGGUACAAAAUUCUAAAAGGUGAACUCUGUCACAGCAAGCUGCAGCUUGGUUCACGUAUUAUAUUUAUAUGCUUUGUUUUAAGCAACUUCAGAAAGUGUAUUGUUGACAAAUUUGCAUAA